AUGGAUUUAACUGCGAAUCGUCGUUUCGUCGAAGUAGUUUCAUUUGACUCCUCAAUCGAGCACCCAAAAAUUGGUGAAAAAAUACACCUAAAAGAUGAAUUUAGGAAAAUAACACUCCCAAACGGUGUAGAAGUUAAGUUCGAGGAAAUUAUAGGCCUCGCUGGAGACUUGUAUGGAUUGCCUGAAAACCCAAUUAUUGAUCCCUUUAAAGGAGAAGAGGAAGACUUCUUACGAAAACAGCGCUUUCGAGGUGCCUACGACACACUGGCAAGGGCACCAAAGGAUGAAUUACAGAAGGAACUUGACAAGCUGUUGGCUCUCUUUAAGAAAGAAAGAGUCCUGGAUGCAGAAACAGCGGACGAAAUCACAGGUGGUGUCUGGUUCCUCGGCAUUCCAGUUAUACAGGGAAGGAAGUUAGAACUGGCUGAGAAUAAUUACGACCAUUUUCUUCCUUACGCAAAAGACGCGUACCUGACCGGUCAUCAGUUGGCAAUAGAGAAAGCACGAGAAGCCAGUCAACAUCCACGAGAUCCUGAAUUGAGGAAGAAACUCCUUCAUGAAGCAUUUUCAAUGGAAGCAUUUGCGAGUCAUUUUCUUACUGACUGA